AUGAGCUUGGACGUCACGGCCGAGGACGCAGCCGAACCUGUCAACUUUGGUGAGCUGGCGCGGUGGUGGCCGGCACACCCGCGGCGACUUGGGGCGCUGGACUGCUGUCGGAGUGGUGGCGCUACCGGAAAAGCCAUGGGCAGCAACACGAGCUCCACUGGCGCCGCCAAAAACACGUCAGAUCGAGCAGCAUUUAUCCAACACAAGCAAUGA